UUUCCAGUUUACCACAACGUUUUGAAGAGUGCGGUUGUAAACGGUAGCACUUAUAUUUAAAAAAAAAAAGACACGGAUUUUCUGUAAAAUAUCGCAAAUCGUUAACUUCACUCUAGUUCGAAAAAAAUAUAUAUAAAUAAAUCGGUGUACCCUUUUAAUGUAUUUCAAAUGGAUUUUUUUCGAUAUUUCAGUUUUAAUACAUAACCAAUUGCAGUCAAUUGAUUUAUUUUAUUUUUUCGGUUUUUGGAUGAAAAAAGACUAGGCAACGCAUAAAUAAAAAGUUCAUAUUAAGUGUUUGUCAUUUUCCACUCUACGAUUGCGAUGCAACAAAUCUCAAAAUGUACUGACAAAGUUGAUCUAUUUAACUAAAAUUGUCAAGUGUACGAUUAUCAUCGAAUAAAUGAUCUUAAUGAAUAGUAAUUUAUAAUGAUUAGAUCUUUAUCUCAAUUUUGAAUGAUAUAUUUUUUGUUGAAUUCUUAAGUAUUAUUCGACGGUAUUACAUUGAAGCGCUUCUUAAUAAUUUGCAUCAAAUUUCUACGCCGGCGAAAAGCAAACGUUUUGUUAUUCUAUCAAAUCAUAUAGAAUCAUUUGCAGUGUCUAUAUUUCAUUCAAAACGCAGAAAGGAAAAUCAACUAAUAUACAAAAAAAUGGCUACAUCUUUAAUAAGUUUAAUAGCAGUCUUCACAAUUGUUCGUGCACAAGAUUUUGGAUAUGAAGGUAUUAAAGGUCCAAGCCAUUGGGGCGAACAGUACAAUUCAUGUUUUGGCAAAUUUCAAAGUCCGAUCGAUAUCAAUUCGUUAACAGUGAAACAUGCUAAAUUGCCACCCCUUAUAUUUAAUGAUUCAAAUGUGCCAAUUAGCAAAACAGUUAUGAAAAACAAUGGACAUACAGUGAUGGUGUCAAUCGAUUCAGAUCAACGACCAACAAUUUUUGGUGGCCCAUUAAGCGGAACGUAUGAGUUUGCUCAACUACAUUUUCAUUGGGGUGAAAACGAUACAAUGGGAAGCGAAGACUUCAUCGAUGGUCACAGUUUUCCAAUGGAGUUGCAUAUGGUUUUUUACAAGAAACAAUAUCGAAACGUUCGAUCGGCUAUGGAAAAUUCAGACGGUUUGACGGUUUUGGCAUUCUUCUUUCAUUUGGACGAUGAAGAUAAUAAAAAUUACAUCGAAAUUACUGAGCUACUCCCAAAUGUGUCCGAGCCAGAAACAUCAACUACCUUUACCCGCUUAAAAUCACUCAAAGAUUUGAUAUUAAACGAUCUCAACGAAUAUUACACAUAUCAUGGAUCACUGACGACGCCACCAUGUAGUGAAGUUGUCACAUGGAUCGAUUUUAAGCGAUCAAUUCCAUUGUCACAUGCACAGAUUGAGGUAUUUCGAACGAUUCAAGACAAUGAAGGGCAUCAUCUAACUCACAAUUUCCGGCCUAUUCAACCAUUAGGUGAUCGCGAUGUAUACCUAAUAACAACACUUGAUGGUGACGAUGGUCUUUUUGGAAAAGACGAUGCACGAAUCGAUGAACCGCCACAAAAUUUGGAUCAUAUCAAUUCAGAAUACAAACAAAGUACAUUGACAGAAUCAACAACAUACAAAACAAUUAAUAAUGGUGACAACAAUGGACUUGACGACCAUCCAAUUCCUGAACAACGUCAAAAUGAUAUUGAAACAACUACGACCAGCCAUAGAAGACCAUUCCACAGACCCAAAGGAAGUGAUGCUAAUUACAUUGCUCAAGCAAAUUUGUGCAUUUUUAUUAGCUUCUGUUCAAUUUUACGGGCUUUAAGCUUCAAAAUUUGAAGAAAUACGGGGUAUCGGCAUAAAAUUUAUAUUUAAGAUAAGAACAUAUUUAAAUUUAAUUAUUUUGAAACAAUGUAUGUAUUUUGAGAUUACCUUUCGGUCAUUUCUCCUGAUACUGAGACUGGUAACAAAAACAAAGCUCAAAUGUUAACGUACUUAAAUGCCAGUGUGCAAAUGAAAAAAAUGUCUCCAGAAAAAUAUGUAUAUCAAACAAACAGUUUCGACAUAACCUCAGAAUGAAUGGAAACAAUGUCAUCGAAACAUAGUACGAUUUUAAUACCACAGUCUCCAUAAAUUUGUUUCU